CGAAGGCUGCUCUAGACCUGAACAAUCGUACAGUUGCUCAACUCGUCACUCACUUAUAUUCAAACGUACGUUAAAAUCAAUUUCAUAGUCCAUAGAUCGUCAUUCGCGUAACACUGCUACGUGGUGACAUAGUUUUUAUGUCAUCUCGAGAUGCAGGUGUCUGCUUGAGAGUAUUGGAAGCAAAUCUACGACAUGUCACUUGACUUGUAUUACACACCAUUCAGUCCCCCGAGCCGUGCAGUGCUGCUGGCAUCCGAGGCGAUUGGAAUUUCCCUCAACUGUAUAAACGUCGAUUUGUUCAGCGGUGAACAACUUAAACCAGAAUACGAGCAGUUGAAUCCGCAAAAGACGGUCCCGCUCUUGAUCGAUGGCGACUUCAAGCUAGCCGAAAGUCGAGCCAUCAUGAUUUACCUGGUGAACGCGUACGGUAAAAACGACAGACUUUACCCGAAGAAUCCAGCUGCACGUGCUGUUGUAAACCAGCGUCUUUAUUUCGACAUGGGCCAUCUGUACAAGAGUAUCUCGGAAUAUUUUUACCCAGUUCUUUUUAUGGGAGCUACAACGCACGAUCCGGCAAAGUACGAUAAUUUGACUUCGGCUUACGAAAUCUUGGACAAAUUGUUGGACGGCCAAGAUUAUGUAGCAGGGCGGAAUUUGACUCUGGCUGAUUUGUCCAUCGUAGCGUCGGUGUCAACCGCUGAUGCGCUUAAUUUUCAUCACAAAAAAUACGGAAACGUUAGCCGAUGGUACGAACGAGUGAAACGAUCCGCACCAGGGUACCGGAAAGUCAAUGCUGAUGGAGCCGAAAUUAUGAAGCAAUUUCUAAAGGAUCCAGAAGCGUAAAACGAUCGACGGACGAUAAAAAUUAAACAGAUGUUUCACGCCUGUACAGUUUGGUACACAAGGCGUAUCUUCGACGGCAAUGUUUAAUCAAUAUGUAUUUUAUCCAACACGUUCCUACUACGUAGGAAAGUAAAUAGAGAACAGUUCCGUACAUCAACAGGCAAAUUUCGUUACGGGGUAAAAAUUUUUUCCUCGCAUUAAUUUUCUUCUCCACGAUCCAGCUCGAUAACCUUUGUAAAUUAAUACAAAGUAUUAGCUUA